UCCACUGUAUAUGCGUACGUCGUGACGUCAGACGUACAGAGCGUGUGCGUACCUCCUGAAGUCGUAAAUUGGCAGGAAGCAGCAAAGAUGUUCCGACCAAAGCCCACGUUGAAGGACAGACAUCACCUGUACAGGCUGAUCAUCAGCCAGCUGCUGUAUGACGGCUACACCAGCAUCGCUAACAGCCUGAUCAGUGAGGUGAAGCCCCAGAAUGUGGUGUCUCCAUCAGAGCAGCUCAUGCAGCUGGCCAAGACGGGAAUGGAGAACGAUGACAGUGCGGUGCAGUAUGCCAUUGGCCGCUCAGACAACGUGGCGCCCGGUGUGGGCAUUGACCUGGAGUUUGAUGCAGACGUGCAGACCAUGUCCCCAGAAGCAUCGGAGUACGAGACCUGCUAUGUGACGUCCCAUAAGGGUCCGUGCCGUGUGGCCACCUACAGCCGUGAUGGCCAGCUCAUUGCGACGGGUUCCGCCGACGCUUCCAUUAAGAUCCUGGAUACUGAGCGCAUGCUGGCCAAAAGUGCCAUGCCUCUAGAGGUGAUGAUGAACGAAACGGCUCAGCAGAACAUGGAGAACCACCCUGUGAUCAGAACAUUGUACGAUCAUGUGGAUGAGGUCACAUGCCUGGCUUUUCACCCGACCGAACAGAUCCUGGCCUCCGGCUCUCGGGAUUACACCCUCAAACUCUUCGAUUAUUCAAAGCCAUCUGCAAAAAGAGCCUUCAAGCAUGUACAGGAAGCUGAAAUGUUGCGCUCCAUCUCUUUCCACCCAUCUGGGGAUUUCUUGCUGGUGGGCACGCAGCACCCAACUCUGCGCCUUUAUGACGUCAACACUUUCCAGUGUUUUGUGUCCUGCAACCCUCUAGAUCAGCACACAGACACCAUCAGCGGAGUCUGUUACAAUCCCAGUGCCAACAGCUACGUCACCUGUAGCAAAGACGGCAGCAUCAAACUGUGGGAUGGAGUGUCUAACCGGUGUGUGACUACCUUUGAGAAAGCCCACGACGGGGCUGAGGUCUGCUCAGCCGUCUUCUCCAAAAACUCCAAGUAUAUUCUAUCAACUGGAAAGGAUUCUGUUGCCAAACUCUGGGAAAUUUCCACAAGCCGGACUUUGGUCAAGUACACAGGUGCGGGUCUCAGUGGGCGACAAACGCACCGCACUCAGGGUGUUUUCAACCACACAGAGGACUAUGUGCUGCUGCCGGACGAGAGAACCAUCAGCUUGUGCUGCUGGGAUUCACGCACAGCCGAGAGGAAGAACCUGCUCUCCUUGGGCCACAAUAACAUCGUGCGCUGUAUCGUCCACUCACCCACCAACCCCGGCUUCAUGACCUGCAGCGACGACUUCAGAGCCCGAUUCUGGUAUCGCCGCACCACCACUGACUAAGAGACAUUUGUGUGCUUUGAGACCAAAACGGUCUGAGUUUCUUUUAUCAGCAGGUCCCAAACACAGAAAUGUCCACAUUGUGUAUGACUUCACAGGCUCCUUUGCCAAGGCUGCGUAUCAUUGAACACACAAAAACGUUUUUUUUUUUUAAAGCAUCAGAGACAUGGUUGCCUCUUAUGACUGUGGUACCUUUGUAUUACUGUCAGGUGGCGCUGUUUUACAAAUCAUCAUCUGAGAUGCAUUGUUUUUACAACUUUACUUUUUGGAUUCAAGGCCAUUUAGUAACAUCAGAACAUUCAGCUGUAAACUGAACUGUGAAAAAAACUUUGUGUAUCUGACAACAAGUAGAUGAGUAUUAGUCUAAUGGAAAGUGCCUAGGAUGACGUCUUUUCAGUUUUGAUUUGUGUACUGUUCUCUUUGUUUUAUAUUAAAAGUCUCUGAGAGAA